AUGUGCACUGACGAUUCGGACGAGUUCCCAACCGAUACUCAUCGUGUGGUCCAAGCGAGCUGGGAAACUCUCAAAUGUGCGUUAUCUCUGCUUGCAUUGACAAGGAUAUGGAAAAACGAAGGUGUUACUGACGAUAAUAGGUUAAGUACAACAUAUGACGAAGUUAAAGUCUUUCCCAUCCCUGCUGCAUUGUACCUUUUCAAGAAUCUGUUACAGGUGGGCUUUCGUUAG